AUGAGCCUAAAGAAGACAUCGACACAAGAUGUCUUCGAGUCUGAUAAAAGAGUCCAUCUUGUCAUGGAUACGCACAAAGAAGCUGUCUUGUGCAUUGCCGAGAAAGUCCGCAAUUUCCACGAUCGUGACGAACCUUUCAGGCUGUACCACGGGUCGACCAACAGCACCCGGUACUCGGGUCGAUAUGCUGACAAUGUGGUCGAUACGAGCGAGCUUAAAAACAUCUUUGAGGUGGACAGCAGCAAGAAGACAGUUCUUGUCGAGCCAAAUGUUUCGAUGGAAGCCCUUGUAGACGCGACACUACCACAUGGGCUCGUCCCGCUGGUCGUGAUGGAGUUUCUAGCUAUUACCGUCGGAGGCGGCUUUUCGGGAACAUCGGGUGAGAGUAGCUCUUUUCGAUACGGAGCUUUCGAUGCUACCAUCAACUCGAUCGAGAUCAUCCUCGCAGACGGAACGGUGAGCAACCCUUCGAAAUACGACAGGCAGGAUCUGUUCUGGGGGGCUGCUUCAGGCUUUGGGACUCUGGGAGUCGUCACGCUGUUGGAGAUGCAACUCAAGGAUGCAAAGCCGUUCGUCGAACUCAACUUUGGGAUUAAAAAAAAAAAACACCGGUAG